AUGGCCGCGCCAAACACAGUGCGGCACAGCCUGCGAUGCACAACUCAUCGACAUUCCCUCGCGCUGCGACAUGUGCCCCAGCAGAGCCAGCGUCACCACCAGUCGACAGUCGCAGAGUCACAGACCUUCAAAUUACCCGACGGACGCCUCAUGGGCUUCUCCAGCGUCGGCCCCUGUGACGGCUACCCUCUCUUCUACCUGCAUGGCUUCCCCUCCUCGCGCCUCGACAUCUUCCCAGCCCAUCUCGCAGACAAGCACCAUCUCCGCAUCCACACCCUGGAAAGGCCAGGCUUCGGCAUAUCCACCCCCCAGAACCACAGGACCAUCAUCAGCCACGCCAAGGAUGUGGACGCCUUUGCCAAAGGCAUGCACAUUCCGCGAUUCGCAGUCAUUGGCGGAUCCGGCGGCGGUCCAUACGCCCUGGCCUGCGCACACGUCCUGGGAAAGGAGCGGGUCGCCCGCGUCGGUCUUUUCGCCUCGGCCGGUCCGUACGAUCGCAGCUGGGAGCACAUCCCGAUGCAAUCCAAGAUGGUGCAUUACGCGGCGCUGUGGACGCCGGGCGUGCUGAAAGUCGCGGGCUCGUCCAUGGUGGGCCUGGCGCGAUGGAUAGCACAGACGGAGGCGGGCGCGCGUCGUCUCGAUGCUUGGCUCGCAACGCAGCGCGAGAAUGCCGAGGAGGCGCCGACAAUGUCCGUCCAGGAAGAGCGCGAGCUCAUGGUCAGAAUCUUGCUCGAGGGCUUUGCGCAGGGCACGGCGGCCACGGUCCAGGAGGCGGUGCUGCUGUCGACGCACUGGGGGUUUGACCUCGAGGACGUUGCCUACGACCCGAUUCUCAUAUGGCACGGGGCUGAGGAUGUGAAUGCGCCCAUUGGGUGGAUUCGCGACAUGGCGAGGCGACUACAAGGGAGUCGCCUGACCGAGUUUGAGGGCGAGACGCACUUUACUGUCGGACGCCAUUUGGAUCAGGUGCUGGGCGAGCUUGUUCCCCAGAGCGUACGUUGA